GCUCACCAGCCGAGGAAACUUAUAACCUCGGGACGCAGGGCCCUCCCCUCAUUGCAGUCACAUACCUCCGGUAGAGCGGACCAAGCGGCCAGCAGCUCCUGCCACUCCGGGCACCUCUGUCGCUGGGACCCUCAAGGAACUUUCUCCACCCACAAGUUACCAAACCAGCCACAAUGUUGGUGUUACUGGCUGCCAUCUUUGUGGUCCACAUUGCCACCUGUGUGAUGCUGUUUGUUUCCACCAUCGCCAAUGUCUGGGUGGUUUCAGACUCUAUUAACGCAUCUGUAGGUCUUUGGAGAAAUUGCACCAGUGGGGACUGCAGUGGAGGCCUGUCAUACGGCCAUGAAGAUGCCCUCAAGGCAGUGCAAGCCUUUAUGAUCCUCUCCAUCAUCUUCUCCGUCAUCUCGCUCAUCAUCUUCGUGUUCCAGCUCUUCACCAUGGAGAAGGGAAAUCGGUUCUUCCUGUCAGGGGCCACCAUGCUGGUGUGCUGGCUGUGCGUGUUGAUUGGAGCCUCCAUCUACACUCACCGUUACGCCAAUGGCGAUAGCAACACUUUUGACCGAAGUCACCAUGGCUAUUCCUUCAUCCUGGCCUGGAUCUGCUUCUGCUUCUCCUUCGUCGUUGGCGUUCUCUAUCUGGUCCUGAGAAAGAAAUAAGCCUGAACAAGUGUAUGGGGACCUGGGGGGUGGGGAGGAGGAAGCAGUCGAAUCUGGGAGGGAAGCGGAAGUUGUGCAGGAAAAACAGUGGGGAGGGGGGCGGGGGAGGGGGAAGGAAGGGUGGGAGAGGCCCAAACCCAAACUGUGGCUGGGGAGAUUCUCUACUGUCAAGCCCCUGCCCUUGGGAGAGUGUUGUUGGCUAGUACAUUGACGCAGGCCAGAGAGCCUCCCUCCGGCCACCAGACUCGGCCUCAGCAGUUGUUAGUUAACACAUACCACCUGGGGCCCCAUCAGCUGCCACCCCUCUGGCUCCAGUUCCAACGGUGCAUUGUGGGUCAUGCGCUGAGGUCCUGCAGGCCUUCUGCACCAAGUUCAAAUAGCGGUACAAGUUCUGGCAAGAGCAGAUCUUGUCUUUGUGCUGAGUACAUGAGGCUUGGAUGCCAUCCCACCCUUCUGAUCCAAAGCAAAACAUCACGUUCCAGUCUGCAGUGAUGGGAAGGCCAAAGAAGGCCUUUGGCCAGAGAACCAUUGUCUUUUUCUAGAACAGAUAUUUAGCUCUGUGGAAAUCAGUGGCAUUUGUGACAAAAUGGGAGGAAGAGAGGUAAUUUAUAAGGCCAAGUUGGUGGGUUAGCUAAACCAAGACAAAGAACUUUUCACCAUGGAAGGCCUGGCGAUGGUCAGAGCCCAGACCAGACCUCACACAGCUGUCCUUUGUGGACAUCUCUUGCCGUGAACUUUCCAAGGCCUCUUGCUUAAAGCCAAGGCAGCUCUUCUGGAGUUUCUUAAGCCACUAGCAACCAAUUCAGUGGUGAAGGCACCAUAUACACUAUGGGACCAAAGGAAAAUCUUGCCACAGUGCUCUGUUAGGGUUAUGUUUUUAGGAUUCCCCUGAGUGCAGUCAAUGUCUCUUGUAAGUUUAUAAUGGAAGAGAGGUGGACACAGCCCCUUGUAACAUGAUUCUAUUACCCUUCCUCUAAAUUAUGAACUCCUGAGCUCAUUCGAUCUAAUUAUGCAUAUUGAGAAUCAACUUCUGGGCUCAGUGGCAGCCCUCGCUUUGACACAGGCUAAAAGCGUUCACCUCUCAAACUCCCAUCCUGUUUCACAGGUGAGACAUUGCAAUUCGGGAAGUUGAUUAAAAACACAGAAACCAAAACCAAACAACCGGUCCUUGGGUGAAAGGUGCUAUAUAAUUGUGAAGUAUUAAUCAUAGGCUAUUUCAGUCAUGAUAAGAACAGAGUGCCUGCCCCCAGGAAAAUGAGAAAAUCCCAUGAGACAAUUAAAAAAUGCAGGUGAUGGGCAGAUAUUUUCUUUUUCUUCUUAAGGCAAAAACUCUUGUGGUCCCCAGUCAGAUGGGCCCGCAGGAGCAUUCUAUAUAGAAGUAGUAUGUCAUUCCUAGUUAGGCAGGCAUUUUAAGUCAUCUCAGAUUCUACCUAAAGGGUCUUUUGAGGAAGACAUUUUCUUUACCAUCCCAAGAAGAUCUACUGCAGGGAGAAUCUGAGACAUCUUGCUUACUUACCUUCCUCUGGCUUCCUCCUUAUAUGCCUCUUAUGUAUUUUUCUCUUUUUGGGAAGUUGUUAUACCAUAGUUGCUGGUAUUUAUGUAAAGGGACUAUUACUAAGUAUAUUUCUCUAUGUUUAUUCUGUUUAUGGGAAUGUCUAGGGAAGGUCACCCAACUACUUGGGCUAAGGUAGAGAGAUUGGCCAGCAAAAACUGUGGAAGAUGAACUUUAUAAUUAUGAUUUAAUCAUCACAUGAUUAUAGAACCCUGUCUUAUGUGCAGAAGCAUAUUUAGAUAUCAGAAAUAUCCAAAAAAGAGAGUUGCAUUUUGUUAAAAAGUUGAACUAUGACUGGAGCGAACCAUAUAUUCCCGUGUCUUUUACUGGUUUUUCUGUGACAUUUAUGUGUCAUGUAAUUGCAUUACAUUGGUGGGGUAUUCUAGUACUGUAUUUGGCUUCUUCAUUAAUAGAUUAUUUCUUAUACUAUAAUUGUAAAUAUUUUGAUACAAAUGUUUAUAACUCUAGGAAUAUAAAAAUAGAUUCUGAUUCCCUUCA